AUGCCUGAACCAAACUCUGCUGAUACCCAACUACUUCAACAUGUUUUUUAUGGCAAGUUAGAUAAUUUGCCUAGUCUGGCAUCAAAAAUUGUACGUAUUUUUACCUCAUCAACAUUUACAGAUACAAGUAUGGAACGCAAUUCUCUUAUGCAACAUAUAUAUCCAAAAUUGAAAGAUUUUUGUCGCGAAAAACAUGGUCUAGAAUUUCAAGUUGUUGAUAUGCGUUGGGGUGUACGCGAUGAAGCAACAGAUGACCAUAAAACAACAGAAUUAUGUAUGCAAGAAAUCGAUAAUUGUCAACGAGUUUCGGUUGGGCCGAAUUUUGUGGUAUUUCUCGGUCAAAAAUAUGGUUAUCGUCCAUUGCCAACAAAAGUUGAAGAAGCUGAAUUUCAAGUGAUUUUAUCUGUAUCAAGUCCAGAAGAUGCUAAACUGCUUAGUCAAUGGUAUAAACUCGAUUCAAAUCAUAUUCCAAGUUUAUUUUGUCUGCAACCCGUCAGUUCAAUUUUUACCAAUUUCACUAAUAAAGCUCAUCCGCGUCUUAUGGAAGAAGAUCAAAGUCAAUGGUGGGAAACAAUGGGUAAACUAAAUCGAGCGGUUCGUAUUGCUGCAUUAGAACUUAUGAACCAAGGUAAAUUUACAGCGCACGACAAUCAUCGAUAUAAUUGGUCAGUUACUGAACAAGAAGUUGUUCGAGGAAUAUUAAAAGCAAAAGAUAUCGUCGAUCAUACAGUAGCUUUUUUUCGUCAUAUUGAAAAUAUUAAUAUUAGUUUAUUACGUCAUUCGAUGAAAUUUAUUGAUAUUGUAUCAAAACAAGUUGACGAAGAAGCACAACGUAUGUUAUCCGAUUUGCGUGAUGUUCGUGUACCGGCAGCUUUACCUGAAUCAAGUAUUAUUCGAUAUUCAAUUGAAUGGUCAGAUGAAGAUGGUUUAAAUAAAAAUUUUCAUGCUGAAUACUUAGAAAAUUUUAUUAACACAUUUCAUGAUCGAAUUGUAGAAUUAAUCGAUCGAGGUGUUGGACAACAAAAAGGUUUAGCAUCUAAUCGAGUCUACAGUGAAAUUCUUCAACAACUUCAUGUGGUAAAUUAUUUCAGUCAAGAUUUUCAAGGGCGAACAGAAGUUCUAGAACGUGUACGUAAUUAUAUUCAAGGUACUUCCAAGCAGCCACUCGUUUUAUGGGGUGAAGGUGGCUGUGGAAAAUCAAGUAUGCUAGCUAAAGUAGUCACAGAAUCGGAAUCGUGGUUUCCAUCAAAAAACUGUUCACAAAUAAGGCUUGUUCGUUUUCUUGGUACAACACCAGAUAGUUCAUCGAUUGGUCCAUUAUUACGAAGUGUUUGUCAGCAAAUAAGUUUCCUAUACGAUGUACCAGAUAGUGCAAUACCAGUGGAAUUAUCUCAAUUGACACUACAUUUUAAGCGAUUAUUAGAAAAAGCAACAACAGAGAAACCAUUAUGUAUAUUUUUUGAUUCAUUAGAUCAAUUAUCAUCAGCGGAUGGUGCACAUUCAAUGUCAUGGUUACCACCAACUCUUCCAAAUCAUGUUAAAUUGAUCGUUUCAACACUACCUGGAAUAUAUAAUAUAUUAAAUACACUUCGAAAUCUUAUUGAUAGUCGAGAAAAUUUCGUACAAAUAAAACCAUUGGGUGAAGCAUUAGGCAAAACAGUCUUACAAGCAUGGUUAGCUCGUAAUCAUCGAACAAUAUCCGAUGCACAAUGGGAAUUAGUUCAUGAACGUCUUGCCGAAUGCAAUACACCGCUAUAUGUUAAAUUAGUAUAUGAUGAAAUAAAACUAUGGAAAUCUUUUACAAAAACUCAAGAAAAAGACUUAGCUAAAACAGUAUCAACAUCAAUCAAUAAACUAUUAGGACGAAUUGAAAAUCAACAUGGGCAUAUUUUAGUUGAACAUGCUCUGUCUUAUAUAACAGCAUCAAAAUCAGGUUUAAGUGAAGCUGAAUUAGAAGAUUUAAUAUCACUUGAUGAAACUGUUUUAAAUGAUGUCUAUCAAUAUCAUUUGCCACCUAUUCGGCGUAUACCUCCGCUAUUAUGGACACGUAUAAGAAAUGAUUUACCGAAUUAUUUAGUUGAACGAGAAGCCGACGGUGUUAGUGUUGUUAGUUGGUAUCAUCGACAAUUUGCCGAAGUUUCUCAGGAACGCUAUUUGUCAAAUCCUGAAGAACGUCGAAUUUAUCAUUCUAACAUGGCAGAUUAUUAUCUGGGUAUGUGGGCUGGCCGUCCUAAACCUUUUCAAUUUUCAGAAAAUCAAAAACGUAUGUUCAAUAUAUCGUCACCGGACGGUGAAGCUGAUCGUAAAGUGCCAGCUCAACCACUUAUAUUUACAACAAGUAAUGCUGCAGAAGCAGCUACUGUUACAUCAACUGUUCGUUAUAAUUUUCGUAAAUUAAGUGAACUACCAUUUCAAUUAAUUCGUGCCCAACGUGAAGAUGAUUUAUAUUCUAAUGUUUUGUUUUAUUAUGAUUUUCUACAUGCUAAACUAUCGUGUAUGCCAUUGAAUCUAUGUAUAUUUGAUUAUGAAAGUGCACUAGAAUAUGCUUUUGAUAAAGAAGUUAAAUUAGUGGGUGAUGCACUUCGUUUAUCAAGUUCAGUUUUAGCUUCUGAUCCAAAUAAUCUAGCAUGUCAAAUAAUGGGUCGUCUACUUCCAUUUUAUACAACAUGUAGUAAAAUAGCUUCACUGAUUGAUCAAUGUGAAAGUACAGGUUUACAAGUCAUGGGUCUUGUGCCAGCUUUUAAUACAUUAGCAUCGCCAGGCGGUCCACUUGUUUAUUCAUUAGAAGCUCAUCAAUUUGCUAUUUAUGGUCUUGAAGUUGUUUCAUCUGGACAAUCGCUCCUUACGGUAUCAAAUAAAUUUAUUGUUUUUGAUUUAUCCAGUGGUGAUAUUGUACGUACAAUUGAUCCUAAAAUAGAAGGUAUAAUGACAUAUCUAUCUAUUGCACCUGAUCAACGUCAUUGUGUAACAAUAACAAUCAGUAAUCAAUAUAUUAUAUGUAAUUUAUUAACUGGAGAUUUUAUUUUACGUGAUUUUAAACCACCUGCAAGUACUCAAUUAGCAGGCGAAAAUUCAAAUAAAAAUAGUAAUAAAACAAACAAUGGAGCACCAGCUGAUCCUUUAUUAGGUGCAUCUGCAACCGAAUUACUUACAACUCAAACAAUGCGUUAUCAAAUCAUUCAAAUCGAAGUAUUAGAAGGAUCACAACUAGAGAUUGUGUGUCGUUCCGAAGAUGUCAAAGAUGAUCAAGAUGUAGGUCGUGAUCGUCUAUUAAUAGAUUAUUGUUUUGUUCCAACGAAUGAUCGUCACAGUGAUGCAAACAAUAAUAAUGAUAAUGAUUCACGUAGUUUAAUUGGCGGUAGAAAAAAUAUUCAUAGUGCACUUGUAUUAACACGUGAUAAACGACGAAUGUAUACAUGUUGUGAAAUAAAUGAUUUUAACAUUGAAGUGUAUCUGAAUAAACCACACCCGCUUCAUCCCACUACUCAACGUAUAUGGGCAUUUGAUCAUCAAUUAUUUGAAAAUAAGGAUCGUAUAUUUUCAUUAAUUUUAAGUGAGGAUGAAAAUUAUCUUAUGGCUGUGGUAUUUAAAGGUUUUAAAAUAUUUUCAUUUCGAUCAUAUUUAUGGAAAACAUGUUCAUUGCCUGGCAGUGUGCGUAAUAUAAUGAGUGGUGCUAAACGUUUAACAUAUACGGCAGCAUUUUCUCAAGAUAAUCGCUAUUGUAUAGCUUGUGUUAAAUCGACUGUUUACGUAUUUGAAAUGGAAUGGGGUGAUUUAGUAGCAUCAUUUGAUUCACACUUCGGUCGUAUACUUGUUGUAAAAUGCUUAUCAACGGGUGGUGGAAAUAAUUAUGUUAUAACGACUGGUAUGGAUAAAACAACGAAAGUAUGGAAUUUACAAAAUGCAAAAGAAAAAUCGAUAUCGACAGCACAAUUAGAUAAAUGUAUUGAAAUGAUCCAUAUCUCGACAGAUGCUCAUAUCAUACUGGCACAAUCACGUACACAAUUAUGUAUAUUUGACAUGCGGACUGGAUACAUGACAGGACAAUUAUCAGCUAAUCCGCAUGGGUCAAUUUAUCAAUGUACAGCUUUAUGUACCAAUGGUUUAUUUGCAGCAUCAGCUGAGUCUGGUAAUGUGGUACUAUAUGAUAUGGAAGAGAAAAAAACAGCAUUUAUAACACCAUUGAAAAGUGUCUUUCAAUUUCUUCUUCAUUCAUCUGAAACCAUGGUUUUAGUUUUAACUACUGAGCCAGCUCCUACAGUUGCUAGAAGUGCAUCAAAUCCCGCACCAGCUGGUAAUAAUCAAUCUGGCCCUUCGAUUCGAGCUAUUUCAUAUGGAAUACCAGAUGGAGAUAUUAUGUAUGAAAUAGUGUCGAGUGUUAAACGUGUGAAUAACCCAAAAAAAGUAGUGUGCACCGCUGAGGAUACAUAUUUUGUAUUUAUUGAAGAUAAAAAAGGUCAUGAUAUACUUGCCAUAUAUGAUCCGAUGACCGGUGAUCAUGUACAUAAUAUUAAAUUAAAUUAUGCAUCCUAUAAAGAUAUUACUUCGAUGGUUACAAUACCAAAACAACCGUAUCUUAUUGGUUUAAUCGAUUCAGAAAAGGGUAUUGUUAUGAAUGUUCGAGAUAAAAAGGUUCAUUUAACACUACCGAAAUGGGGUGGUCAAAUAUCGUCGGAUGGUAAAUAUGGUUUAUAUGCUCCAACUCGUGGUGGUCUUGACAUCUUUGAGUUUCGCACCGGAAAAGUAGUUCGAACAUUAAUUGGCAAAGUUGCUGAAGGUGUUUUCGAUGUGCUAGCAUUUUUCACUCCGACUAAUGAACAUGUUGUAUAUUACCAUAAAGGUAAACGAACAAUACGUCUAUUUCGUGCAGAAGAUGGGAAACAACUAGCUGAUAUGAAAUGUCCAACCAAAGUUCGACAAGCAACAGCAACGCAAGAUGGACUAGCAUUGGUUGUUGGUUAUGAAGAUGGAGCAAUUCAAAUGUUUUUAAUUGUCGAUCAAGAUAAAGAAUCUGAUAUUGAACAUUUAAAAAGUUGGAGAAAAUAUCAAUAUCAAAAACAAAUAGAAAACGCACAACAAGAAACUACUGAAAAACAACCUGAACACACUAUGUGA